UAACGGAGCUGUUCGUUUUGAAAAAUAAGCGCAGAAAACGAUAAUGGGAAAAAAGCUGAAAAGUUGUCUCUAUUCUCACUUUCCAAGUUUCCCACAUGCACCUUGGGUCCAUUUUUCCUUGUUUAGAGCUGAUUGGACUUCACCAACCAGAGAACUUAAAAUUCGGAAUUCAAAUUUUGUUAUAGUGCCUUGAGAUUUUCACUGUCAUUUAACUGUCUGUUUUGGGUUCCAUUCUGAAAACCCAAACGUUGCAGAUUUGUUCUUCCGGGUCUUCUGUCAAAGUCUUGUAGGAGAUAUUUUGAAAUAUUGAGAUGGAAAAGAGAAAAUGGCUAUGGAAAAGGAAAUCUUCAGAAAAGGGUUCAGGCGAAACUGAAAGCUCAGAUGAGCAGGACACAACAAAGGAAUCUCCAGAUCAUCACCAAGAGCAGUCAUCAGAAGCUACUUCAAAUUCUGCUUCAACAGACGAUGAAGUUCAGGAAAGUCUAAAGUGUCUGACAGCAAAGUUAUCAGCAGCCCUUGUUAAUGUUAGUGCCAAAGAAGACCUUGUUAAGCAGCAUGCCAAAGUUGCUGAAGAAGCUGUUGCAGGCUGGGAAAAGGCAGAAAAUGAGGUAGUUGCUUUAAAACAGCAACUUGAGGUAGCUGAGCAACAAAAUGUGCAACUUGAUGGAGCUCUCAAGGAAUGUGUCAGGCAGUUGAGAAAUGCCAAAGAUGAGCAGGAAAAAAGAAUUGCAGAAGCUAUAUUAGAGAAAAACAUGGAAUGGGAAUCUAGCAGAGGUGCACUUGAGAAAGAGCUAGCUGAGCUCCGGUUAAAAGCAGUGGCUUCAGAAGCUGUUUAUGCUUUAUCUGACGAUCAUGAUUUUCUCCAAAAGCUUUCACUCCUAGAGAAAGAGAAUGAAAAUCUCAAACUCCAACUACUUUCUAGAACCAAGGAGUUGGAAGUUAGAACGGUCGAACGGGACUUAAGCACCAAAACAGCAGAAACAGCUAGCAAACAGCAACUUGAGAGCAUAAAAAAAUUGGCCAAACUUGAAGUAGAGUAUCGAAGACUUCAAGCACAGUCUCGCAAGCCAUCUAUAUCCAAUGUAAAUAAAUCUUGUGCUGCUUCUACGGAUAGUCGAUCCGAAAGUGGGGAGCAACUCAAAAGAGGUGAAUGCGAUCCAAGUGGCUCAGACCAUUGGGUUUCAGCACUUAUUUCCGAGCUUGAUCAAUUCAAGAACGAUGAGUCUUUGUCAAAAAACAUAUCAGCCUUAACUGUAGAGAUAGACAUUAUGGAUGAUUUUCUUGAAAUGGAAAGACUUGCAUCGUCACUUGGUGAGAGCAAUAAGGAAGCGGCUGACGAGUCACCCGCAGCUAAUGGAGAGGAUGCUUCAGCAGCGGAGUCCGAAAUUAUGACUCUACGAGUGGAAAAGUUAGAGCAGAAGUUAGAGACAAUUGAAGCUGAGAAAAUCAAGCUGGAAGGUGCAUUACAUGAUACGCAGGACGACCUUAAGGCAUCUCAGUUUCAGCUUCAGGAUGCAGAGAUAAGUUUGGAAGUGCUGCGUAAGGAGCUCGAUGAAGCAAAUGACUCCAAAAAAUCUCUAGAGUUUCAACUCUUUGGUAUGGAAGUAGAGGCACAAAAGGUAUCUGCAAGCGUCGACUCUUUGAAGUUAGAAUUUGGAAGUGAACCGUGCUCCUUGUGUGAAGAUGCGAAACAGAAGUGUCUGGAAUUUGAGAAUGAGAGGAAAAGAAAAAGUGAUGAUGUUGAACUAAAUCAUCCUCCAGGUUCAUGUUCAAGUGACAAACCGAAAGUAAAGCAGGAAGAUUUAGCUGUAACUGCCGCAAGCAAGCUUGCUGAAUGCCAGAAAACGAUUGCAUCCCUUGGAAGGCAGCUCCAAUCACUGGCCACAUUGGAAGAUUUCUUGACAGACGCCAGAAACCUUCAAGGACCCUCGAGUUCUCGCGGGGUUAGCUUGUGGAAGACACAUUCUGAUGAGACAUUCAACCACAAACUUGAUUCAGAUCCUCUGGGAAUUUCAGAUCAGAUUUCAACCCAUUCCAUGAAUGGGAACUACGAUGAAUCUCCAGCAUCUUCUUCAUCAUCUAAUUCAUCAACAAAUCAUGUCAGCAAUUCCAGAGGAAGGAAUGGCUUUGGUAAGUUGUUUUCUAGGAGUAAAGAUAGAACCCAAUCGUAGUUGUGGUAAAUCUUAUGAGGGACGUAGAUUUUAUAUUAGUUGUGGUUGGCUAAAGCUAUUUUGUUCUAUGGUUAGAGCAUGUUCAGCAGUAAUCAUAGUGUGCGCAAAUAUUGUGCAUGGGAACUUAGUGCCACCAGAAUAGAAAAGAAAUACUAAAUACAAAUAUUCGUCUUUCAUGUUACAUAUUAUAUAUUUCUGAUGAUUGUUUUCCAUAAUAUCAAAUAUCAUAUCUAUAGACUA